AUGUUUGCAUACAGUCGGGCGCUCAAUAUGUUGGCUUUUGCAGGAGCGGUCUGGGCGAGGGCAAUGUUUGUCCCAUGUGGUACCAACAGCCUUCCAGCUAGGCUCUCUGUCCGUGUUAUUUCAGCACGUGGCUUGCCUGUAAUGGAUAAGUCGAAUGUUACUACGGAUGCUUUCGUCGAAGUGCAUUUCGAUAACGAGGUCUACAAAACCGAUGUAUGCAGCAAGAGUCUGUCACCAGUGUGGAACUCCGACGAGUUCGUUUUCGAGACCGAUGAGCAGCGACUUUUUGAUAACCCAAUCCAGUUUCGCGUUAUGGAUCACGAUACUUACAGCGCCAAUGAUGCCAUCGGGCGCAAGUAUCUUCGGAGUUUUGCAGCAAGUGUCGUUCCUGCAACUCUAGCAGUCUCCAAUAUUGUGGGUUUGGUUUCUGAUAUUGCGUCAGUGAGCGAUCCGGAAUAUGAAUGGUUUGAUCGAAUUCGUACGCCGCGUGCCUCAAACGAGGCUCGGCAGAGUAUGAUUCGGAAGUCGCUGCGAGAAUUGGCAAGAAAUAUUGCGCAAAAAGCACAUUCACUUGGAUCAAAUGCGGUGAUAGGGUACCAAGAAUUUGUUGAUAUCGAAGGUGAUGCUACUGAACUGAUUACAUUUCGUGCUUUUGGGACGGCUGUAAAGUUGGUGCAAAAUGGCGAAAGUGCUGCAGUUGAUGAGAAAAUCACACAGCAGCAACAACAGAUCCUGUCUAUAAACACACUUCCAGAAACAUACCGGUACGAGUAUGGUGUGGUAGUGUGUGCUCGUUCUGCACAGCUGUUAACUGAUGAUAGCGACAGUGGCUUGGUCAGGAAAAGGUGGUGGAAUGAAUUGAAAGCGGAGCUUCUUCGCCAGGCAUCCAGUUUACGGUGCAAUUUGGUGCUGGGCUACACCGAACAGAUCAGCGUGCGCAAGAAAACGGCUUUAUUAAGUUGUACAGGAACUGCCGUAUCAGUGGUAGCGGUUGGGAAUGAACACAUCCCAAACUGCAUCCGAUUUCAUUCCGCAUGUUUCGAUGACAGUUCACCGAUGGGCGCAGAUUCCGGUGUCUGUUCCUACUGCAAUGAUGCAGUUUGUCCAAGUAUUAUCCUAAGUACCUGUUCACCUCCGUCGUCAGAUUACCUACAAGGUGCCACUCAUCCGCUGCAAGCAUAUGUCACACGUGAGCUCAGUUCAUCUGAAAGUGAUGAGCAACUUGUAUAUACUAUUAGUCACAUGUUACCAUUCUUGGAGCAUGAACUCUUCAACAGAUUAAUGGAAGAGGUGCGUUCCGGUGGCGCCAAAUACAACGCUGUUUUCGACUUAAAAUCAGUAAUGGUGAUUCAUGAAGGGGUGUUAUUCGCAGUUUGCACGGGCACACUUUGCACUCUUAAAGCUUUAUUGAAACCUCCAGAUGCUGAUAACAUUUUGAGUCGCUCUGAUUCGUUGCAUUAUCGUGGUGAUCUCCAACCAAAACCCUCGACAUCUCGAGUUGGAUUAUUAGAAGCUGCACGCAUCCUGCGUGCACCAAAAUCUUCCGAUAAAGUCGCACUUCAUUUGCAGCCGUUCCAGAUCCGAGAGCCUGUGGAUGAUUGCACGAAAGGAUCACAACAGUCGCAUUAUAUGAAGCGGAUGUUUAGGCGUUUUCGAAAGAAAGUGGUUGAUCGUGAUCAUCUUGCAAAAAUGAUUUCAGAACGCGAGGUUAGCUUGCAGCUGGGCGCUUUCGAUGAUAUGAAGCCAGCCAGUUCGUCGCCAAGCACAUAUUCGGGCAUUAAAAUUAUCAACGGCUCAAAGUUCACUCUCAGUACUGCAUCUGCUAAGGCUUCGAACUUACCCCAGCGUUACGCUGGUAUUUUAAUACGCGAAGUGACACGAACAAUAGAAGAUAUAGCUGAUUUGGACGCAUUUCUCGAAGGAGCGUUUCGAGAUUUGGUAUGCUUAGCAGUCAGUCAAGUGGAAACAGUUGGAGCAACAUCGUUUUCGGUGUUCAGGGUACCCUCAAUGAGUCUUUCAAUCUGCCGCGAUCAGGCAUCAAUUCUUUUAUUUAUCACUGCGGAUUUCGAUUAUUUAUUCACUUAG